GCAUUAGAAGAACCCAAUAAUGAACGGACAAUACUGGACUACCUCAAUGAUGACUGCUGGCGAGCAGUGCUGAACUAUGUGCCCGUCCGAGACAUGAUAUGCACGGAACGAACCAGCCGGGAGUGGCAGAGGACGAUGCUCCUGUACUUAUCCACUGUCCGAAUCAGCAUAGGCAAGUGGUGGAACAAAAACAAAAAUGAUCAUAAUUUUGUGGUCAUAACAAAAGAUGCAGAUUUCUCAUCCUUUGAGCUCUGGUCUAAAAAACUGGGACAUACAGUUGUGGCCUUCGAGAAAUACUGCGGAGAUACCGAGGAGUGUAUGGUCCUCAGAAAUAACUGCUCUAAUUUAGAGGUCCUUAAGCUUACAAAUGUGUCGAUGUUACAAGAACAGAGGUCUCCAAAUACAGAAGAAUACUUCCCUGAACUGCAACGGAUUUGUUUUGAAUCAUGUGACAGUGCAACAGACGAUUGCCUCAGCUCUUUCAUAACGAGCAGGAACCUAGAGGAACUGGAAAUCUUAAUCAACAAUCUCAUGACGGGCCGAUGCUUGAACAGUAUCAAAUCAACCAAAUUGAAGUCGCUCGUCUUUAGGAACUGCAAGUAUUUGGGGUUUGAGCCCUUGAUGUCCAUCGCUGAUCGUCUUGGAGGGCUGACUAAGUUCGUGCUAGCAAGAUCACGCAGGAGAAUGCACGAUCAAAUUUAUCUGCUACUGAACAAGAUGCCCAAAUUAGAGUAUCUUACCAUUCAAAUAACUGAUGGCGCUCAUCUUGACGAGCAGGAACUUGAUAGCAUCGCCUUUUAUGAGGUUGUGUCUCGCCUCGCCCACUUGAAGCACCUCAGUUCUAACUUUGUGGUCUGGGAGGGAUAUUUAGAACAAGUGACACAGGGUUGUAAGGAGUUGGAAACAUUGAAAUUAGUCUGCAAUGGUGUGACGGGCGACAGUCUACAGGCGGUGUAUCGUAAUAUUGGUGAACGCCUGAAAUGCCUCUACCUUUUCCAAAGCCACCUGACUGCCGAUGAUUACGAGGAGUGCAUAUACGCCUGCCCUAACCUCACGCGGCUAAGUGUUAGCGGGGACUUGAAAUUAGUAAUAACCCGAGUAGGGGAGGCGCGAAGGCAAAUCUGCCCUGACAAGCGCCUUCAACUUGUCUGCGAGGACUGCGGCUCUGAAGAUUGGGACACUAACGAAUUUGCGGAUGUCCUCGAUUUUAAAGUGGCCAACAAUUACGACAGCGAUGGGGUUGAAGAUUCAUAUUAACCGGUUCAGAAUGCAUAUGUAAAACCUGGACGUUGCACGGUUGAGGAAAUUGAUUCUUUGGCAGUUUACGGUUCACUUUUCAUUGACACAAUCAAAUUGACUUGAACCGCAAAUUGCUAAAGAAGCAAUUUCCUCGACCGUACAGACUAAAAGGGUUAAAGGAAAAAGUUAGAACACUAAUGUGACAUUAUCUAUGAAAAGGGACCUUAUUGUCGAUGGCGCUUACGCCGCACUGCGUAGCCCGGCGUUGUUUAUAAUAUGGGAGCAUCGUUGAUAAUGGCGUUAGCGCCACCGACAAUAAGGUCCCUUUUCAUAGAUAACGUCAUAAUUAUAGUCUAAAAUGACGAAGCCUGUUGCGGAUAGCUUUAUUGUUUGUGUGCAAUGACGACGCCUGUUGCUGAUUUAUGGUUGUACCCUCCUACUGCCGAAGCCUGCGUUGCGGAUAUGAAUUUGUCAUUAUUUUAUAAGCAUUAAUAAAAUAAUUUUGAUUAAAUAAAUAAUGUACUUACUUAUUAUAGUCCUACACAUCAAUCUUCUCAAUAGAAAAAGGCGGCAAGUUUGAAAAUUGUUAGUGCUAAGGAAAAACAUAUAUAAAAAUAAUAUAUACAAUUUAAUUUUAGGAAGAGAAAAAAUUGUAGAGUUUUGACACAAAUUUUAUACUUGCGCCUUUUUUACUGACAAAAUUGGUUAGCCGGACUAUUAUUGUCGAAAUGUAACUUUCCACCAGUUGUAUAAGUAACGGUCGGGAUGUAUAUUUAUUUAAUUAUACGUGAAUUAAAUUAAUGAAUUAAAGGGAUAUCUGUAAUGUAAUUAAUAUAGUUAAUAUCUGCACCAAAAGACCCUAAGGAAUGAUGAAACUAUAAUUGAUAUUAUUUGUAUCUAAAUAAUUAUACGUGAUAUAAUCCGU